AUGUAUCCAGUGGUUCAGCGAGCCCAGACUCGGGGGAGGAGCCAGGAGCGUCGUUUUGGCCACCUAGGUUGUGAAGUAGCGCUGAGAGUACCAAUACCGCCUGGGCAGAUGACUUGGAUACUAGAUGGCCCCAAGUGUUUGAAUGCUAAGAACAUCACCGAGGCCAUUGACGGCGGCUAUGUUCCCAUGUUUGGAGAAACUGAGUAUGAUCCAACCCGACAUUUUUGUUCGAUUCCUAUAGACAAACAACUUGAUGCUCUUGGACGAGCUGUUGAUUCUGGUAAGAUUAGAUAUGGGGUGAUGAGGUUUGUUCAGGUAGCUGAAAGGGUCCAAAGAUUGUCUCUGUGCAGAACUCGUACAGCUUGGUCUGUCGAACUUCUGAUUCGCCGUGGGGAAGGGCUUCAUCUUUUAUGGCUUUCAGAUGCUCGGUUGAAUCUUUUUAGAGAUCAAUUUUCAAAUUGGACGAUGACUUUCGGCAAGCAAAACACGUUUCCGGAGUCGUUCGGCCUCCUCGACCAAGCUUUCCUGUCCGGCAUCAAUUUCUUCGACUCUACAGAAAUGUAUCCAGUGGUUCAGCGAGCCCAGACUCAGGGUCAGGGGAGGAGCGAGGAACGUCGUUUUGGCCACCAAGGUUGUGAAGUAGCUCUGAGAGUAUCAGUUCAUGCUGACCAUGGUGUGCCAGCUUGGUUUUCACUUCUAAUGUGUGAAAAUUUGUUAUGA